CUGGCCCGGCGGGGGGAGGAGGGGAAUCUCCCGCCAUUUUUCAAUAAUUUCCUCCGGUGCCGCUGAGGAGGAGUCGUGACUGCCGGCCGUGGGGUUCCGUGGCGGAGGCUGGCCGGGGCGGGCCGCCGGGACGCGCAGCGCUGCGCGUGGGAGCUCUGCGCCCUUGCGUGGCGCCCCAUGGCGCUGGCGCGGCCGCGCCGGCAGUGAAGGAGCGGGAGUUCGCGCCGCCCUCUCACCCCUCCCCUCCCCCACCGCCGGGAGCCAGCGCUCGCUCGGGGCCGCGGGGCCUAGUGCUGCGCCGCGGGCCGGGGGGCCGCCGCCGCCGCGAUGGCGCCGCUGCUGGGCCGCAAGCCCUUCCCGCUGGCGAAGCCGCUGCCCGGGGAGGAGCCGCUCUUCACCAUCGCGCACACGCAGGAGGCCUUCCGCACCCGGGAAGAGUAUGAAGCCCGCUUGGAAAGGUACAGUGAACGCAUUUGGACGUGUAAGAGUACCGGAAGCAGUCAGCUAACACACAAGGAGGCCUGGGAAGAAGAACAGGAAGUUGCUGAACUUUUGAAGGAAGAAUUCCCAACGUGGUAUGAGAAACUUGUUCUGGAAAUGGUGCACCACAAUACCGCCUCCCUGGAGAAGUUAGUAGACACCGCGUGGCUAGAAAUCAUGACCAAAUACGCUGUGGGUGAAGAGUGUGACUUUGAGGUUGGGAAGGAGAAAAUGCUCAAAGUGAAGAUUGUGAAGAUUCAUCCUUUGGAGAAAGUAGACGAAGAGGCCACUGACAAGAAAUCUGAUAGUGCUUGUGAUUCUCCAUCAAGUGACAAAGAGAAUUCCAGUCAAAUCGCUCAGGACCAUCAGAAGAAGGAGGCAGUAGUAAAAGAGGAUGAAGGACGGAGGGAUAGUAUCAAUGACAGAGCACGUAGAUCUCCACGAAAACUUCCUACUUCAUUAAAAAAAGGAGAAAGAAAAUGGGCUCCUCCAAAAUUUCUGCCUCACAAAUAUGAUGUGAAACUACAAAACGAAGAUAAGAUCAUCAGCAAUGUGCCAGCAGAUAGCUUGAUUCGCACAGAGCGCCCACCAAAUAAGGAGAUACUUCGAUACUUUAUACGGCAUAAUGCCUUACGUGCUGGUACUGGUGAAAAUGCACCUUGGGUGGUAGAAGAUGAAUUGGUGAAGAAAUAUUCCCUGCCUAGCAAGUUCAGUGACUUUUUACUUGAUCCAUAUAAGUACAUGACUCUCAACCCUUCUACUAAGAGGAAGAAUACUGGAUCCCCAGAUAGGAAGCCCUCAAAGAAAUCCAAGGCAGACAAUUCUUCUCUGAAUUCACCACUAAAUCCCAAGUUGUGGUGUCAUGUACACUUGAAAAAAUCGUUGAAUGGCUCACCACUCAAAGUGAAGAACUCCAAGAAUUCUAGAUCUCCAGAAGAACAUCUGGAAGAAAUGAUGAAGAUGAUGUCACCCAACAAGUUACAUGCCAACUUUCACAUUCCUAAAAAAGGCCCACCUGCCAAGAAACCAGGGAAGCACAGUGACAAACCUUUGAAGGCAAAGGGCAGGAGCAAAGGCAUCUUGAAUGGACAGAAAUCCACAGGGAAUGCCAAAUCUCAAAAGGGUUUAAAGACUCCUAAAACCAAAAUGAAACAGAUGACUUUGUUGGAUAUGGCCAAAGGCACUCAGAAGAUGACACGAGCCCCCCGGAAUUCUGGGGCCACACCUAGGUCCUCCAGUAAACCUCAUAAACACUUGCCUCCUGCUGCCCUGCAUCUCAUUGCCUAUUACAAAGAAAACAAAGACAGGGAGGACAAGAAGAGUGCCCUAUCCUGUGUUAUUUCCAAAACAGCUCGUCUUCUCUCCAGUGAAGAUAGAGCUCGUCUCCCAGAAGAAUUGAGAACUAUUGUUCAAAAGCGCUAUGAGCUUCUAGAGCAUAGGAAGAGGUGGGCCUCUAUGUCUGAAGAGCAACGGAAAGAAUAUUUGAAGAAGAAACGGCAGGAACUAAAAGAAAAGUUGAAGGAAAAAGCCAAAGAAAGGAGAGAGAAGGAAAUGCUUGAGAAAUUAGAAAAACAGAAGCGAUAUGAGGACCAAGAGUUAAAUGGCAAAAGUCUUCCAACGUUUAGGUUGGUGGAUACCCCUGAAGGGCUGCCCAACACCCUCUUUGGGGAUGUGGCCCUGGUGGUGGAGUUCUUGAGCUGUUAUUCUGGGCUGCUCUUACCAGAUGCUCAAUAUCCUAUCACUGCUGUGUCCCUAAUGGAAGCCUUGAGUGCAGAUAAGGGUGGCUUCUUAUACCUGAACAGAGUUCUGGUCAUCCUGCUGCAGACCUUACUGCAAGAUGAAAUAGCAGAAGACUAUGGUGAGUUGGGAAUGAAGCUGUCGGAAAUCCCACUCACUCUACAUUCUGUUUCAGAGUUGGUUCGGCUCUGCUUGCGCAGAUCAGAUACCCAGGAGGAAAGUGAGGGCUCAGACACAGAUGACAAUAAAGACUCAGCACCAUUUGAGGACAAUGAGGUACAAGAUGAGUUCUUGGAGAAGCUGGAAACCUCUGAGUUUUUUGAGCUAUCAUCAGAGGAGAAGCUGCGGAUCUUGACAGCACUGUGCCACCGGAUUCUCAUGACGUACUCGGUGCAAGACCACAUGGAGACAAGACAGCAGAUGUCUGCAGAGUUGUGGAAGGAACGGCUUGCCGUGUUGAAGGAGGAAAAUGACAAGAAGAGAGCAGAGAAACAGAAGCGGAAAGAAAUGGAAGCCAGAAAUAAAGAAAACGGAAAAGAGGAAAAUGGGUUAGGGAAAACUGAUAGGAAAAAAGAAAUUGUGAAGUUCGAACCCCAAGUUGAUAUGGAAGCUGAAGACAUGAUCAGUGCUGUGAAGAGCAGAAGGCUGCUUGCUAUGCAAGCUAAGAGGGAACGGGAAAUCCAGGAAAGAGAAAUGAAAGUGAAACUAGAACGUGAAGCUGAGGAAGAACGAAUCCGGAAGCACAAGGCAGCUGCUGAGAAGGCUUUCCAGGAAGGAAUUGCCAAGGCAAAACUAGUUAUGCGGAGGACUCCUAUUGGUACUGAUCGAAACCAUAAUAGAUACUGGCUCUUCUCAGAUGAAGUUCCUGGAUUGUUCAUUGAGAAAGGCUGGGUACAUGACAGCAUUGACUACCGAUUCAACCAUCGCCGCAAAGACCGGGCAGACUCUCCUGAUGAGGAUUACUGUCCCCGAAGUAAGAAAACAAACUUAGGCAAAAAUGCAACCAUCAACACACAGCAUGGAUCAGCAGUAGAAACUGCUGUGGAGACCACCAUCCCCAAGCAGGGACAGAACCUAUGGUUUUUAUGUGAUAGUCAGAAGGAACUGGAUGAGUUGCUAAACUGCCUUCAUCCUCAGGGAAUAAGAGAAAGCCAACUUAAAGAGAGACUAGAAAAGAGGUACCAGGACAUCAUUCACUCUAUUCAUCUAGCUCGUAAACCAAAUUUGGGUCUCAAAUCCUGUGAUGGCAACCAGGAGCUCUUAAACUUUCUCAGGAGCGAUCUCAUUGAAGUUGCAACAAGGUUACAGAAAGGAGGACUUGGAUAUGUGGAAGAAACAUCGGAAUUUGAAGCCCGGGUCAUUUCAUUAGAGAAACUGAAGGACUUUGGUGAAUGUGUCAUUGCCCUUCAGGCCAGUGUCAUAAAGAAAUUUCUCCAAGGCUUCAUGGCUCCCAAGCAAAGGAGAAGAAAACUCCAGAGUGAAGAUUCAGCAAAAACUGAGGAAGUGGAUGAAGAGAAAAAAAUGGCAGAAGAAGCAAAGGUUGCAUCUGCUCUGGAAAAAUGGAAGACAGCAAUCCGUGAAGCUCAAACUUUUUCCAGAAUGCAUGUUCUACUUGGGAUGCUAGAUGCCUGUAUCAAGUGGGAUAUGUCAGCAGAAAAUGCUAGGUGCAAAGUUUGUCGAAAGAAAGGUGAGGAUGACAAACUGAUCUUGUGUGAUGAGUGUAAUAAAGCCUUCCACCUGUUUUGUCUGAGGCCGGCCCUCUAUGAAGUACCAGAUGGUGAGUGGCAGUGCCCAGCUUGCCAGCCUGCUACUGCUAGGCGCAAUUCCCGUGGCAGGAAUUACACUGAGGAGUCUGACUCUGAGGACAGCGAAGAUGACGAGGGUGACUCAGAGGAAGAAGAGGAGGAGGAGGAAGAGGAAGACUACGAGGUGGCAGGCUUACGAUUGAGACCUCGAAAGACCAUCCGGGGUAAGCAGGGCAUCAUCCCUCCUGCAGCUCGGCCAGGCCGACGGCCAAGUAAGAAACCACAUCCCACCAGGAGGUCACGGCCAAAGGCACCCCCUGUGGAUGACGCUGAGGUGGAUGAACUGGUACUUCAGACCAAGCGCAGCUCCCGGAGGCAAAGCCUGGAGCUGCAGAAGUGCGAGGAGAUCCUCCACAAGAUUGUGAAGUACCGCUACAGCUGGCCCUUCAGGGAGCCUGUGACCAGGGAUGAGGCUGAGGACUACUAUGAGGUGAUCGCCCACCCCAUGGACUUUCAGACAAUACAGAACAAGUGUUCCUGUGGGGAGUACCGGUCUGUGCAGGAGUUUCUCACUGACAUGAAGCAGGUGUUCACCAACGCUGAGCUUUACAACUGCCGUGGCAGCCAUGUGCUCAGCUGCACGGUGAAGACCGAACAGUGUCUGGUGGCUCUGCUGCAUAAACACCUUCCUGGACACCCAUAUGUCCGCAGGAAACGCAAGAAGUUUCCCGAUCGGCUUGCUGACGAUGAAGGGGACAGUGAUCCAGAGCCUGUUGGACAGUCCAGGGGGCGAAGGCAGAAGAAAUAGAGAGGUGGGGCCCUGGUAAGGGAUCUGAGGCAGGGGGAGUAGUGGGAGACAGCUGGGGGGAGUGGGGAGGCAGGAGAGGAAGAUGGAGAAGAACUUGAAAGCAAUCAUGGGAGUCCAGAAAUGUCUGUCACCCCAAGCUUGUGCUGUUCUCAAACUCCCCCACUGGGCCUGUUCAAGCAAAGCUCUUCGGGAGCCUAAUAUUGGAUAGGUGGUUUCUGCCAGAACUUCUGGGUGCAGGAGAGGGCCUUAGCCCUGCUUUCUGAGCGUUUCCAGGAGGGUGCCCCGGCGUGCCACUUCUCCUGUGAGUCCAUGUCCUUCUCUCCUUCCUUCCUUCCUUCCUAAGGUCCCUCCCACCUUGGCAGCAGUGCCACGCCCCUCUGGUCUCCAGUGAGGGUUAUGGCAUUACUUAGCAGGAUUGAGAGUAAUCAGGCUAACUGGGGAGGCUGUGUUGUUUUUGUUUUGUUUUGUUUUGUUUCAUCUGUAUUUAUACACAGUCUCGUUUCUUUCAGCCCGUACUCUGUCUCUUCCUCCUCCUCCCUCUCAGGUGACGGCAUGUCAGUGAGUGCCAUACAGAAUUCUGUAUUCACCAGCAUCAUGAGACAGUUGUGGUCUUUUGAGUUGAUCUUAGCAGAGUAAAGGGACGUUUUUCUGGAGCCAUUCCUGAACACCCCUCCCUUUGUUAUAGCCUUCUCCCCACUUCCCUGCCCCAUCGCCUCAACAAAACAAAACAAAAAACGAAGGCACUUCACUUAGAGACUGGAGUCCUGCUUAUAAUCAUGCGUAUAACCUUUACUUUGAUGGAUCUGGCCAGAGGGGUGUUGGAGCCCAGCCCACCCACACACCAGAGAAGCUCUUAGGGAGCAGAAGAGCAGGAAGAAUUGAAAUGUUUGAUUUUUUUUUUUUAAUUGACUUUUCUAGUUAUUAAAAGUUGCUUGUUUCAACAGUGAUAUUGUAUAAAGAACAUCUUGUAAAAUAUCUGUCAUCUCGCUUUGGCACAUGUACAGUACAGUUUAUAUGACGUGUCUGCUUUAUGCCCCCAUCUCCCUCACCCACCUGCUCUCCUGCAGAGGGGCUGGGUUGGAGACUGGUCCAGUGGCAUCUAGUGGUGGCCAGGGGGCCCCUCUGCCUACCAUGGUGGAUCUCUGUGCCUCCUUGUCCAUAUCUGCCUCUUCCCGAGCCCAUUCUGGCUUCAGACUUGGAGCUCCUGCGAACUGCGUAUGUCAGUGGUCAGUGUCAGUGGGGGCGGAGGGUGGGAGCAGCUCAGAGAGCACUUCCACGGCCAGUCUAGCCUCCUCGUUAUAUUUAGGCAAAGUUUGUAGUCUUCUUUCCCUUUUAUGACAGAUUUUGAUAAAAGUACAAGACAGGGUUUGAUUUUCUAUUCUAUCAACUUUGAAUUUGGAACGUGAGCACCUCAGCUCUUGUGUACCUAAAGGAAAAGAAGCCCACCAAGGGGAUUGCCACUCCUAGGACCGAGACUAAGCCUCCUGACGUGACACUCCCAGGUGUGGUCCCAGCUCCCCUCUCCUCCCUGCCCAGGGGUCCUGGGACUUGGCUCCAGUGGCUGGUGGGUAGGUUUCCCGCCGCUCCCCCUGCGGGCUUGGAGUAAGCACUGACUUCACAACAGGAUCGGCCAGCCACCACCACCCCUGCCCCGCUUCUUAUCCUAGAUCAGUCUUUUCUUGUUAUAGUGAGAAUUCCGUGUUCCCACUGCAGUGACACCUGAAUUGUUGGUUGUUUUUUAAAUUGUCUCUAAGGAGGAAGGGCCCCAUUAAAGGGUGAAAUUGUAAUAAAUUGGAAUUUCAAAUAAACAUUCUGUACUUGUGUUUAUAAAG